CGAGAGAGAGAGAGCGAGAGAGAGAGGGGAGGCUGCAUGAAUGAUCUCAUCCCUCCAGCAGCUGCAUAGCGCAGCGACGCAAACCCAUAACUUUGUAUCAAACUUCCAAGUUGCCUUUCGGAAGAAAGACACCGGGACAUUUUCGAUUUGAACGGACACGAACACGUUUCCCGCGAAGUUAAGGAAGAGCGCCGCGUAGUUUGUGUGUUCGGACCUUGUUACGAGUUGAAACAAAAGGAGGAAAACCCGCUUCGUAUUGUGUGACAUCCACAAGCCUGAGGCGGAAAGGAGGAAAGGAUUGUACAUUUGGAGUAAGAAAAAUGCCAAGUGGCAGUGCCAGCACCAUUGAGGAAAUAGUAUGCAAGCUUGAGUGCUGAAGAGACGGGCUUCUCCCUCUUCACUUGUUGAUCGACAAUCACCUUGCUCAUGAAGUCAGGGAGCAGCAUCCCAUCCCAGAGGCAGCCAUGUCUCCCUGCUAAGUGCCUUUAGCACUGGUUUCAUGACCAGCCUGAAGUGCCCACCCAUGGAGCGCACCGUUGGAGGUUCCAUCCCUGCCACUGAUGAGUUUUACACCCCCCACCUCCGUAUGGUCAAUGGAGGGGCUGUGCCAACCCGCACAGACAAUAUCCAUGCCACUGUGAGCACAGGAGUGCCUAAAAUGGGUGUACGGGCUCGGGUGGCUGACUGGCCCCCGAGAAAAGACUUUACAGGGGUUGUGUGGCACUCAGCUACAGAGUCUGAGAACUCUGGUAUGCCCUCUACUGGAAAAAGUCACAUUAAGUUAGGUUCUAUAAUGAGCCCUCAGGACUCGUCAAUGCUGCGUAACAUCCACAAUACUCUGAAGAAUCGAACCCAGGCCCUGGCUAACAACUACAGCCCUGACACCCGUUACCUAUCCCCAGGAGAAUACAGAGGUCCUGCCCAAAGAAACCCACGACACAGACGUAUCCGUCAGCGCAGCAACAGUGACAUGACUAUCAGUGAAAUGGAAUGCAGUGGAGAAAGUGGAGAGGACUGGGGUCCACCAUCAGGAGUCAAAUUGUCCCCUCUUCAUCGCGAAUAUGGUAGCACCUCCUCAAUAGAUCAGCAUGGAGCAUCUGGAGAGAGCUUCUUUGAAAUGCUUAAGGGCUAUCAAGGGGACAAAGUUGACCAGCGUAGCCCUGCUCCAGAGAAACUGGAGGACAUUCUGAAUGUUGGGCCCAAGCAAGCCACCUUUGAUCUUCAGCAGGAUGCCAUAGAUGGCCAGCCUCUUAAAGCCAAGGACAGAGAUAAGGCCCCAAAGAGAAGAACUAAAUCUGAGACGGGGGGUGAGUCUAUAUUCCGUAAACUUCGGAAUGUGCGGGGUGAGUCGGACUCCCCCAGAGUGGGGUCUGAUGUAGAGGACAGUCGGACAGAGGACAUGGGCCCCCCUCUCAAGCCUUGGGUGUGUCAAAAAGGUUUUGCCCACUAUGAUGUUCAGAGCAUGUUGUUUGACCUUAAUGAAGUUAUUCAGUUGCGGCAAAUGGCAGGCAAGAGGAAAAACACCACUACAGGAGCAUCUGCUGCUGCUGUAGCCUCGGCUACCUCCACCCUCUCUUCCACACACAGCCUGCCUUACAGCUCCCCAAGUGGCAGCCAGGAAGAGCUAAAUUCCAGGGGCAGUCCUGGUCUGGAUGCAGGGGAUGAACAGAGCAAUGAAAUGCUGCUAAGUUGCCCCUGCUUCCGCAAUGAGAUAGGUGCUGAUGGCAAUGGGAGACGCAGAUUGGGAGCAGGGUAUCAUGGGCUUGUCAGUGGUGGAGCAGGUAACAGUGGCUCAGGAAGCUUGAGUGGGGAAGUAAACAUUUAUGAAACAUCUCUGAGCACACACUGCACAAAUGCUGGAGUCGCAGUGCUCGAGGGACCAAAGGAAGGCCCCACUACCCUCAGUGAAAGGGGCAAACAAUACAUUGUGGAGCAUGUGGACUUGGGAGCCUACUACUACAGGAAGUUCUUCUACCUUAAAGAGCACUGGAACUACUUUGGGAUAGAUGAGGCACUGGGUCCGGUGGCAGUGAGCUUACGCAGAGAGAAGCUGGAGGAGGACAAGGAGCACGGCAAUCAGUAUAACUACCGCCUCAUCUUCAGAACCAGUGAGCUGACAACUCUACGUGGUUCUGUCCUGGAGGAUGCGGUUCCUUCCACCUCUAAGCACGGCACCACCCGAGGGCUGCCCAUCAAAGAGGUACUGGAAUACCUUCUCCCUGAGCUGGAGCUGUCCUGCCUCAGACUGGCCCUCAACACACCCAAAGUGACUGAGCAGCUGAUGAAACUGGAUGAACAAGGGCUGAGUUUUCAGGUGAAGGUGGGGGUGAUGUACUGCCGAGCAGGCCAGAGCACCGAGGAGGAGAUGUACAACAACGAAACUGCUGGUCCCGCUCUUGAAGAGUUCCUCCAGCUGUUGGGGGACAAGGUUCGCCUCAAGGGCUUCACCAAGUACAGAGCCCAGCUGGACACCAAAACGGAUUCCACAGGCACUCACUCCCUGUACACAACUUACAAGGACUAUGAGAUCAUGUUCCAUGUGUCGACUCUGCUCCCUUACACACCCAACAACAAACAACAGUUGCUGAGGAAGCGCCACAUAGGCAACGACAUUGUGACCAUCGUGUUCCAGGAGCCCGGUGCUCACCCCUUCACUCCCAAGGCUAUUCGCUCUCACUUCCAACAUGUCUUCAUCAUUGUACGCGUGCACAACCCCUGCUCUGAAAACACAUGCUACAGUGUGGCUGUCACCCGUUCCCAGGACGUUCCCUCCUUUGGCCCACCAAUCCCCAAGGGCGUGACCUUCCCUAAGUCCACUGUCUUCAGGGACUUCCUGUUGAGCAAAGUCAUCAACGCUGAGAACGCAGCCCACAAAUCUGAGAAAUUUGGCGCCAUGGCAACACGAACAAGGCAGGAGUAUCUGCGGGACUUGGCAGAGCGUCAUGUGACCAGUACUCCAGUAGAGCCCACUGGGAAAUUCCCCUUCAUCUCUCUGGCACACAAACGACGGGAGAAGGUGCGCCCAUACAGCGGGGCAGAGCUCCGGAGCUUGGGAGCUGUGACCUGGCAGGUUCAUGCUGAAGACCAGGUAGCCGGUGCUGAACGCGAAUGCUUGUUGGCCAUUUCAAACGACUUCAUCAUCUUGUUGGAUCAGGAGGCCAAAGCGGUUGUGUUUAACUGCGCCACACGUGAUGUGAUUGGUUGGUCAACAGGGAGCCCCGCCUCCAUGAAGAUCUACUAUGAGCGUGGUGAGAGUGUAUCACUGCGCUCCAUCAAUAACAACACAGAAGACUUUGGAGAGGUUGUCAAGAGACUGGAGCUGUUGACCAAGGGCAGUCAGACCACAGAGAUGACCCUGCGCCGUAACGCCCUGGGCCAGCUGGGAUUUCAUGUCAACUUUGAGGGCAUUGUUGCUGAGGUGGAGCCCUAUGGUUAUGCUUGGCAGGCUGGGCUCAGACAGGGCAGUCGAUUGGUGGAGAUUUGCAAGGUGGCGGUGGCCUCGCUGUCUCACGAGCAGAUGAUCGACCUUCUCAGAACCUCUGUCACUGUCAAGGUGGUCAUCAUUCCCCCUCAUGAGGACUCCACACCACGCAGAGGCUGUUCAGAAAUCUACCACAUGCCACUGGUGGAUUACAAGAACCACAAGGAGGGCAUGCCCUACGAGUUAAAGUUCCCCUUUCGCCCCACGAACAACAACACCAAGUGGCCCCGCACCUCAUCCAGCCCCCAAACCCGUGCUGCUGGCACAGGGGGGACGCUGAUCAAGGCACCACCUUCAGACUUCAGUGACCGCAACUCUGCUGCUAUUCCCCGAAGUGUGUCCAGCGACGGGCGACCCCUCAACCCCAAGAGAUAUUCCCCAGGGAACGAUAACUACGCACUCGCCUGCUCCAUCGUGAUGGGUCGCACGCUGCAGAACACAAAUACCCCUUCCAGCCUCUCCUACACAGACACCAUGAGCUCAAAUCACUGGAGGCAGAAGUCCAUGCCUGAUGGGUUUAAUAACAACAACUGCCAGUCCACUGUGUCAUCUGUGCGGCAGGUGGCAGGCGAGGGAGUCAAUGGGAUCAAAGCGUGUUCUGGCCCUGGUGUUGGAUGGUCCAGAACUGGGGAGGGGGAGACACCGAACAGACUGGGGGACAAAACCAGUGGGGAAAUGGUGGUCACCAAGGCAGUGAUUCCUCGACUCCAGCCAUCAGAGCAGAGCAGCCACAUGUCUCCCAACAAAAGCACCAAGCCGGAUGCUCUGUAUUCAUCCAGCCAGUCGAGCAGCAACACACUCUCGAGCAACGCCUCCAGCUCCGCCCACAGUGAUGAGAAAUGGUAUGAAGGGUGCUCACGUUCAGGAGUGCGGAGCGAUCUGGAGCUCAAUGGCUAUCUUCAGGGCACCUCCACUGACAGCGGCAUCGACACCACCUCUUUUACUGCCACACAAAGCAGCACAGCUUCCUCCACUGGUGCUUUCAGGGCCAAAGACAAAAUCCCGUGGCAGGAUGACCCACCAGGCAGCCAGAGGGCCACAGAUACUCCACCUCCGACACCAGACUCUCUUGUCGCCAUUGGAGGCAGUGAGAUCCCGGCAAAGAGUCCGUUGGCCUUUCCUGAUAGUGGGUCGUACAGCCUGACUGAUGCUGCCUCCCACUCCAGUUCUGGCCACUCAGGGAGUCCGAUGGGCCAGGGCUGCAGCCCCACAUCUCCACAGGACGAGGCAGCUGCUGCAGCCUCCUCACCCACGUCCCAGAACUGCCAGUCCCCGGUGAGCAAGAGUUUCUACCCCCGUCAAGGAGCGACCUCGAAGUACCUGAUUGGCUGGAGGAAACCUGGGGGAACAGUCAACUCUGUGGACUUUGGCAGCACUCGCAAACGGCACCAGAGUGAUGGUCUGCUGGGUGGUCAGCCACAGCUCAGGGCUAAUCUCCGGGGCUCCCAGUCACCCCAGCGGCACACUGCCAAGUCCAGCCUGGAAGAAGACCUGAAGAAGCUCAUCACACUUGACAGCCCCCCGCCUACUACUAGCGAAGAGAAGCCAUUGUUUCCAGGUCCGCUGCCAACCCGGCGCUCCCUCCAGAGAACCCUGUCAGAUGAGAGUAUUUACGGCGGGCAGAGGGAGCCGUCCUCCAGUGGACAGCGUGACACGCCUACAGACCUUCUGUUCAGCUGCUCCACCAUGCCACGCUCACCCACCGCUCGCCAUGGAGCAGGCCGGCGAGCCUCACAUAAAUCCCUGGGAGACCUGUCAGCCCAGGAGAGCUCUGAGCUGGAGCAGGAGAGAAAGAGGCAGCAGCUGCAGGACCCUGUCCUCAUGCCCCUGCCUGAUACCGGGGCAGAUGGCCCACUGGACUGGGCCCACCUGGUAGAUGCGGCCAAGGCCUUUGAGGAGCAGAGACUGGUCUUCCUAGCAGCCCAAGAGGAGAGCUCCAUGGCUGAGAGCGCUGCAGCCACCAGUCCCCAGCAGGCAGAGCCUCAGGCAGCCCCUCUGAGACAGCCAUCACCUGGAGAGACUCCAGCCUGCCUGAUGGGGAAAGUCAGCCAGUUAGAGUCAAUGGUGAAGGUGCUACAGGAUGACUUGAAGAAGGAGAAGGAUGCCAAGGUGUCGCUGCAGGCUCAGAUCCAGAGCCUGAGAGAGGACAACCAGCGUCUCCUGGAGGAGUCCUACAGCGCCUCAGCCAAGCUCAAGAAGUUCACAGAGUGGGUCUUUAACACCAUCGACAUGAACUGAUGCACACAGUCGCCAGCUGCUCUACUUUUGAAGUUUGACCACUACUCAAGCAGAUCUGAAGCUUGGUUGUUCAGUACUGCACUUGCAACAGAAUCACUUAUAAAAACUCACGACAUUAAGUGGAAGAAAAUAUAGUGCCAACAUGGACUUACAUGUCAUUCUUCCUCAGCCUUGUGAAUCUGUGGUAUAAUCACUAUGAAAAACUACAUUUCUUUUGGGAAAGAACAGGGGAAUAGCAGAAAAAGAGCAGUGGUGCUACAGUCAAAGUGUGUCAGUUUCGAUCAGCAUGCACUCCCUCCCUUUGAAUUUGAAAAACUUUUUUUGUGUCCAUUUGAAUGGUCUGUUGGUAUUCCUGCAUGUCAGAGACAGCAAGAUGUUGAAACUAACCUAAAGAGAUUUAAAGUUACUGUCCCCAUUUAGCUCCUAAGCUAACCUAAUUACAAGAUUACCAAUUAAAAUGCGCCAACACAAUUCAAAAAUUUUCAUCCGAUGCAAGAGUUGGUGAUAACAGUCCCUGUAUCCCUCUGACAGAGGCUGACAGAAGUCAACACUCUCUAAGAAUUAAGUGACAGUGUGUUGUUAAGUAGUUGCUGGUUUACACAUUCUUCGUUUUUUUUCCCAAUUCAGUGAUAACAACACAGAUUAUUUGUGUUAUUACUAACCAAAAGAAAAGAAGCUAUAUGAGAUGAUGGGAGACGUCACUCCCUAUAAGACAUUAUGCUUUUUCAGCAGCAUUGUUGGUAGGUAGACAAAGACAGAUAGACCGUUUGCAUAGCACAUACCUGUAAACACUGUAAGGUCAAGUGCCUGUCUGUACUGCCUAUAUAAUAAGAUUGUACAAGUGUAUCUAAUGAUUAAGUAUUAGAGGGUUAAAAGCAAGUAAAUCUUGUCUGGGACUACUGGUCAUAAGCUGGUGACAAGAAUAUAUAUUGUAAAAAACAAGGAACAGUAUGGCUGCCACAAAGAUAGACUUUGACAGCCUGGUGUCAGUCAUUGAGAUUAUUGUAAAUAUAAGCUGUUUAUUUUCUCACCUCUGCCCUGGAUAUGAUAUGUUAAGAGUAUGAUAAAGAUAUUGGCCCAAAAAAAGAAGAACAGCCAUAUGCAGUCAGAGAUCUGCCUGCACCUAUGAACUUAUCCGUGGACUGUAUGAGAGAAUAGAUUUUUUUUAAAUCCAGUUUUCAGAUGGACAAAGCUAACUUUUGAUUAAAAGUACUAAUUGAUAUGCUUUUUUGAAAGUCCUUACAGUACAUUUCCAGCCUUUCCUGCUGCACUGGACUGAUUGACAGUGCCACCUAGUGUUGACAACACUUAAAAUGUGACAUGGAACUGACAAUUUUCCCCAUCUAUUAGCAUGCUAAAAGGCUUCAUCCCGGUCCCUGAUUCUCUCAAUAGAUGAAAUCGGUACUGUUUAACGUAUGGUUACAUAGUAAGUAAUACUGUAUAAAUCCUGAAAUUUCAGUUACAGAGUUUUCUGUAGCGUGUAAAUCUGCUUCUAAGCUUGACCUGAAUUGAAAGCCCUUAUUUAAGCCUCAUAACAGUUUCCUUUUGUACUCAGAUACUGUGCAACUGUAUAUAAGGAGAAUUUGAUAUUCAUCAGCAUCUGCACCUUCAUUCUUUUUUUCUCAGAUUAUUUUUUUGAUGUAUUUCUGCUUUAUUGGCUAGGAUAUAGUGGAGAGUGAAAGGACCGAUGUGGAAGAUAAACAGGGGGUGAGGCAGGCCAAAGACCGUGAGCCUGAGUCAGACGAAUGAGUCCCAGGUCCCUAGCACAGCAAACUGCCCCUGCACCUUCAUUCUUAACACGUGUGACGGCAUGUGAUUUCGUUUCCAUUGAGCUGUGAUGUGUAAAAAUGUUUAUAUCUAUUAAAGAUAUUUUGUUGAAUUACA